UUCAACUACUUCUAAGCUUUUUUUAGGAAAGCUUUUUUUUCUUCCUUUACUUUUACCUUCGUUUUUCUCCUCAACAACCGUUAAAAGUAAACUUUCAUCAACUUUUAAUUCUCCUUAAAAAUUAUUUACCAAAUAGCUCACAUGUUAUGCUCCUAAGCCGAAUUCUCUCGGGAUUUCAUCCUUAAAGAAAUCCCUUGGAAUUUUAAAAGGUUUAUAUUCAUCUUCAUCUUCUUCUUUUCUAUUUCCUAAAACAAAAUUAGCUCCAAAUCCCCAAGAAAAAUACUAUCCAUCAUUCAUUUUAACAUAGUUAUAAUUUGGUCCUGACCAUAUAAACUCUAUUUUCCUUAAUAUUCGCCAAAAGUAUCAAUUAAGAUUGGAUUUUUAUAAUCUUCCUAUACUUCUCCAUAUACUUAAUGCGUACUUUUUAUAUCUCCGAUACCUAAUUAUCCAAUAUCAUUUCUUCCGAAUCCAAAAAGAGAUCCAUCUUCUAACAAAACUACUGAAUGAGAUUCUCCUCCAGUAAUAAUUUUUACAUUUUUAUUUCUGAAAAAUUUAAUUUCAGUGCAUUCAAAAACUACAUCUUAAUGUUUUUCUUUUGAGAAAUCAAGUCCUAAUUACCCAAAAUUAUUCAAUCCCCAUGCAAAGUAAGCAUUUUCUCCUUUUAUUAUUCUUUUAAGGAAUGAAUGGCGGCCACCUGUGUAUAUAUCGUCGACCUUAAAAGACGUAAUUUUUGCCACUUUUAGUGCCUAUUCAUAUGCAUGUCUUGUUUUAGGCAUUCUCCCAACUACUCCCAUAUCUGGGUCACCCCAAGCAUAAAUCUCGCCGCUUUUUGUAAGUACUAAGGUGUGUUGAGAGCCACUAAGGACUUUUUUUAAAGGCUUAUUUUGGAGUUCUUUUUAACCAGUGAGUGCUGGGGUACGAGUUGGAGGGGCUAAGUUUGCUUUUUCCACAUUUCUAUAUGUACCCCAUUAGUAUAUGGAGCCAGUAAGGGAGUUGGCGGCAACAGAGUGACUGUCUCCGGCAGAUAUUAGGUCUACUUUUUAUGGAAGAAGUACUAAUUUUGGUUUUUAUCACUAUCAACAUCAUCGUUAGUUUCAUCGGGACGGCCUAAUGCACCGUCGUCGUUUUAGCCAGAAGAGUAGACAUUUCCUUCUGAAGAAAGCAUUAUUAUAUGCAAGGAACCGCAACAUAUUUUGAUUAUAUUUAUGUUUGGGAGGAAAGAAUUUAAGUAUGGACGACGGGUUUCGGAACGUUCAUCAGGAAGCCAAAAUUAGUCCAUUUCUGUUGAUCCGUAGUUGUAAAUUUUUGAGAUUCGAGUUUCGGCUUUUUAAGAUUCUUGGAUUUUUGCGGUUUAUAGAGUUUAUUCUGUUUUCAAAGUUUAUUAUUAUUAAGAAGAAUUAUUAUCAUUAUUUUAUAUACUUUGGAUAUCAUUUUAUUGACUUUUUAAGUCUUAUUAUUAAGAUUUUUAAGGGGAUUAUUUUUAGCUUUAAUUUUUAGAAUUCUAAUGUCCAU